UCAGGCGUUCAAGGAACCAGGUAAGCCGGAAUUAAUGAAUAUUCGGUUUGACUUGGUCUCAUCAGCGAGAAUGAGAUACAAACCAUGUCUGAUGCUUGACCAUCAGAACAAUGGUUAUGCCGCGAUUGAGGUAAUAUGUGCCGAUACCCCAUGGUGUGAAAAUUGCAGAAGAUACUUCCACAAAUCAAAAGACUGCCCCUCAAAACAUCAAACUGACUCUGCAGCGGCUAAUGGAUCCAAUGGGGAUCUGCCCCGAAACAAGAACCAGCAAGCAGACAAAGCCGAGAAGAGAAAAGCCCCUGAAGGGAAGGAUAAGGGCAGGAAAACGCAAGGGGAUCCGAGGCAGCAGGAGAAAGAGAAAGGGAGGGUUCAGGAUAGGGAAGCCAGAAAUAAACCACCACACCCAAAUCCCUCCCAUGAACAGGGUGGGGGAAGGGUUGUGGUGGUUUGGAAAAAGAAGGACCCAAACCCCUCAGAAAGAAGUGACGAGAUCCGUACCCCCCUGGAGAAGGGAAAUAGUGGGCUGAACUCUGAUGGGAAGGACAAGGGUGCGAAGCAUAUUGAGAAAGCAGAGUUGCAUGAAAGGAAGAAGGCACCCUCAGGAGAUCACCCACAGGGCAAGGGGGAUAAGGACGUAGAAAUGAUCAGUGAAGAUGAGAAUCGUAACGAAAUAAAGGAACGGGUGACAGAGGGGGAGACAGAGGAUGGGAAAGGAAACGAAGACCUUGAGGAAACGGAAGAUUCGGAGGAAGAAGAUGGAAAGAGUGAGGAGGAGGAGGAGGAAGAAACGGAGGAGGAGGAUGACGAGGACAAAGAGUUUGUGGACGAAGAAGAGGAAGAAGAGGAGGACUCCGAGGAUGAAGAGAAAGAAGAGGAAAGCGAAAAGGAGAAAAACAACGAGGAGGGGGAAGAGGAGAAGGAAGAUGACGAGGACACAAAGGAAGCAGAUAAGGAGGGCGGAAAAAAGAAGGGUACUAGAGAUGUUGAAUGGGAUGAAGGAGCGGAAAGUGGUAAAGGGUCGGUAGCUAGAGGGGAGGAAAGAUGGGAGGAAGGUGAGAUGGAGAAGGUACACGAAAGGAAGGAUGGAGGGAGUCCCACGGUGGAAAAGGUCGGGAGGGAGGUAUCAAAGGAGGAGGCUCAAAAGGGCCAGGUGAAAGAACGCAGGGCGGAUGAGGCGGGACUACUGAAGGAAAGUUUAGAGGCAAUUUCGCCCCCGCCCAUGCGUCCGGAACUUCAGCCCCUGGGAAACUUUACGGUCUAUAAUAACAACUCUUUCAUUUCCGAAGACAUUGACCAACCAGACAGGCCCAAGUUUGAAAUGGAUAAAGAUGUCCAGGAAAAUUCAUGGAAACUAGCUGAUAUCUUUCCGUUUCAGAAAGUGGGUAAUCAACAGCUACUGCGCGAACUAGGCUUGACCCAGGUGAACGGCUUCUCUCCAGCCAAAAAAACAAAGCGAAACGAUGCUACAGCUGGAAGAGCGUCGGGAGAAGAGUCAGGGAGCCCACCAAGAGACCAGCGACUCGAGAAGGACAAAGAAGGGCGAAAGAGACCGAGGUCGUUAAGCCAAUCAAGAAGGGAACUAUCCCUAGCAGGCCCAAUGAAGACAAUUACAAAAGCAGAUAAAACAAAAGGGCCAAUUAAGCAAUUUUUGAUUCCACUGAUCAUCUCUGAAUCAGCAGUAGGUCUUGUGCUGUUGACAAGGAUUACCUCAGAGGAUGGACUAGAAAUCUCGGCAAUCCCAGUAAUUGCUGCCCCCUCAAACGAGGAGGCAGUGGAGUUAGCCAAGAGACAUGUGAUGAAUCAGACAGGCUCAGUGGCAGUGCUUCCGUCAUUCAAAAUGAAUAGAUAUCUUUCACAAAAGCACCAACUCCCCCCGGUGGUCUUCCACAUGGCCCUGAUGGGUAUCCGCACCAUCUGCGACAAUUUUGAAAAAUGGUGUGAACUCGAGGUCCACUGGAUUCCCCUCCGGGAUUUUCUUACUGGAAAUACAGAUUCAAUAGAAAAACUACAAAUGCCAGUAGAAAGAUCAGGAGGAGUUCUAUUGGAGUGGCUGCGAUAUACGAACGGGAUAGAAAAACUCUGAGGGGUUUGUCUAACCCAAAACCUCAGGAUGGCAGACUAUCGGAGAACCUUUUAAAAGGGGUUAUAUCGCUUCUAUAUAAAAAAGGGGACAAGGCGAAAGUAAAGAACUAUAGAUCAA